AUGCCGCCCAAGAAGAAAGGCAACAAGAAGGCGAACGACGACUGGGAAGCGGAUCUGGGCGAGACUGCCCCCGCCGCCACCGCUGCACCGACCGAAGAUGCAAGCCUAGCCGCACCAGAGGAGGACGAUGCCUUAGGAGGAGGGCUUCUGGCGUCUCUCCAGCGGCGAAAAAAGAAGAAGAAUCAGACAAAAGAGUUUGUGGAGGGCGAGGACCCCACCGCAAACGGCUCAGCUGGUGAUGUGGACGAUUUCGCAUCGAAAGCGCCCCAGGAGGCUACAAUGGAUGAUGAGGAUAUUUUCUCAGCGCCGGUCAAGAAGGGUAAGGGCAAGCCUGCGCCUGCAAAGGCGGAGGAGGAGCCUGAGCCACAGGCCGAUGAGGGGCCAAAGGUGAAGACCAAAGCGGAGAAGGAAAAGGAGAAGAAGGAGAAAGAGAAGCAGCGGAAGAAGGAGCUGGCUGCUAAGAAGAAAGCUACCACCCCCGUUGCGAAGGCCGAGCCUACUAAAGCUACAGACGGGAAGCCGACCCCUUCAACCCCAGCACCGGAACCAGCGGGCGGAAAGAAAAAGAAGCUGAAUCCUGCACUAGCUGCUCUAGCGAAGAAACAGGAAGAGCUACGGUUGAGGGAAGAAGAGGCGGCGCGUGCAGAAGCCGAGGAACGGGCCCGAAUUGAGGAGGAAGAGCGACUAGAGGCAGAGGAGGCGAAGCGAAAGGAGGAGGCUAAAGCUGCAAAGAAACUGAAGGAGAAACAGAAGAUUGAGCAACUCAAGAAGGAGGGCAAGUUCAUGACCAAGGCCGAGAAGGAACGACAGGCACGCAAUCAACUGGCAGUGAAGCAGAUGCUUGAGAACAGCGGAGUAAAAGUAGCUGGACUUGAAGAGACCGAGAAGCCUGCAAAGCCCAAGUACGACAACAAGAAGAAGAAGGGGCCAAAGAAGCCGGAGCCAAAGGCGGAAGACACACAAGCUGAGGAAGAGGCCCGGCGGAAGUUGGAAGAACUACGACUUGCUGAGGAAGCUGCACAGGCUGCACGCGAGAAUGCCGCCCCAGCCAAAGCUGCUCCUGUCAACAAAAACUCUGCUAAACCUCCUCCAGCCCCCGCAUCCAAGAAGACUGCCGAAGAUAGUGAUUCUGAAUCCGAGUCUGACUCCGAAGACGACUCAUCAGAAGAUGAGCAGGCCACUGCUACACAGAAGGCUGAGGCUGUUCGUAAAGCUGCCGCUGCUGAGCGUAGGAGAGAACAGCAUGAAGCAGCCAUGGCAGCUCGAUCAAAAGACGACCUCAGAUCGCCAAUCUGCUGUAUUCUUGGCCACGUCGAUACCGGUAAGACGAAGCUUCUAGACAAGAUUCGCCAAACGAAUGUCCAGGAAGGCGAAGCUGGUGGUAUCACGCAGCAGAUCGGUGCUACGUACUUCCCUGUCGACGCUUUGGAAAAGAAGACCGCCGUGGUCAACAAGGAUGGCUCAUUCAAAUUCAAUGUCCCAGGUCUCCUGGUCAUCGACACACCUGGUCACGAGUCCUUCACUAAUCUUCGAUCUCGUGGCUCGUCGCUUUGUAACAUCGCUAUCCUGGUGGUCGACAUUAUGCACGGCCUCGAACCGCAAACUCUAGAAUCUAUGAGACUAUUACGAGACCGCAAGACGCCUUUCAUCGUAGCACUCAACAAGAUCGAUCGUCUAUACGGAUGGUCACGAAUCGAUAACAACGGUUUCGAGGACAGUCUCCGUCUUCAGAAGAAGUCAGUCCAACAGGAGUUCCGGGAUCGAUGGCAAUUCGUAAAGACACAGCUCAUGGAGCAGGCCUUCAAUUCCGAAUUAUUUUACGAAAAUAAGAGCAUGGCCAAGAACGUGUCCGUAGUGCCGACUUCUGCACAUACUGGCGAGGGUAUCCCAGACAUGUUGAAACUAAUAAUCAAGUUAACACAAGAGCGGAUGACUGGCAAGCUCAUGUACCUUGCCGAGGUUGAGUGUACGGUUCUCGAGGUCAAGGUCAUUGAGGGUCUCGGCACGACCAUCGAUGUCAUUUUAAACAACGGUGUACUUCACGAAGGCGACCGAAUAGUCCUCUGCGGUAAUCCUGAGCCUAUAGCCACCAACAUUCGAGCACUCCUUACGCCCGCGGAAAUGAAGGAACUUCGACUCAAGUCAGUCUACGUCCACAACAAAGAAGUAAAGGCCGCUAUGGGUAUCAAAAUUGCUGCUGAUGGUCUGGACACUGCCAUUGCUGGAUCUCGUCUACUAGUGGUGGGCAAGGACGACGAUGAAGAGGAUCUCAUGGACGACGUUAUGGCGGAUUUGGCUCAUCUUCUCGGUAAGGUUUCCAAGACCGGUCGUGGUGUCAGCGUUCAAGCGUCUACUCUUGGAUCCCUGGAAGCGCUACUCGAGUUCUUGCGAACGUCCAAGAUUCCUGUGGCGAGUAUUUCCAUCGGUCCCGUUUUCAAGAAAGAUGUGCUGCGCUGCGGUGUCAUGCUUGAGAAAGCUAAGGAGUACGCUGUGAUGCUCUGCUUCGACGUCAAAGUCGAUAAGGAAGCGCGACAGUACGCCGACGACAUUGGUGUCAAGAUUUUCGAGGCAGACAUCAUAUACCAUCUCUUCGACAAGUUCACCGCGCAUAUGAAGUCGCUGGAAGAGCAACGUAAGGAAGACAGCAAGAUGUUGGCGGUGUUCCCCUGCGUGCUCGCACCCGUGGCGGUCUUCAACAAGAAAGACCCUAUUGUGAUCGGUGUAGAUGUAAUCGACGGUAACCUACGGCUCCUAACGCCAGUUUGCGCUAUCAAGAAGAAUCCUGUGACAGGCGUGAAGGAAAUCCUUCAAAUGGGCAGAGUGACAUCCAUCGAGCGCGAUCACAAGCAAAUCCCGAUCUGCAAAAAAGGCCAGCCAUCCGUAGCUAUCAAGAUCGAAGGCCCCAACCAGCCCCUCUAUGGCAGACAUCUGGAGGAGAAAGAUACUCUGUACAGCGCCAUCUCGCGAAAGAGCAUUGAUACGCUGAAGGAGUUCUACCGCAGCGAUGUCAGUAACGAUGAGUGGGCACUUAUUGUCAAGCUUAAGAAGGAAUUUGAUAUCAUGUGA